AUGUUGUUUUCAAGAUGUAUUGUUCUUGAAUCUUUGGCUUUGGGGGAUUGUUCUUUUAUUGGUGAACUCACAAUUAAAGGUUGGAAUACGCUUAAAACUCUUUUGAUUAGGGGUUGUAGUGACAUAGAUUUGGUCACUAUUGAUAAUCCAAGUAUUCGCACAUGUCACUAUGAUGGUGAGAUUAACAAAAUCAAGUUUGUGGAUCCAAUGAGAUUAGAAGACGUGAUAUUGGAUUUUGGUACCACAAAGAGGCAUCAACAUAUAAGUGAAAGGGAUGAUUUGAUGGAAGUCUUAAAAAAUGUGCAGACUCUCUCAAUUAACAAUGUUCUUCUUGAGGGACUUUCUUCUAGAUAUGUGUAUUUUGAGUACAUAAAUAUGGAGUACUAUCUUCCAAAUUUGAAGGAACUUCAAUUGGUGAGGCGUGAAUUCAGCUUUGUCAACCCUUGGGAUAUUCAUUUCUUUGUCAAGAAGUGUCCCCAAAUUGAGAGACUCUUUCUAGAUUUUGGUGAUCAUGCAAUGGAAUCCGGAAGCUAUUGGAAUUUAGUUGCAAAGGAAAAAUUUGAGAAUUGCCAAACAGAAUUUUCACAACUCAAGCUAUUGAAGGUGAAAGGAUUCAAGAAACUUGAGCUUGAAGAGAAAUUGCUGAAUUUUUUCUUGUUGCAUGCAAGAUUCCUAGAGUCAUUGAUUAAAGUUGAAUCAAAGAAUAAUAAUCUAGAAAUUAAACUGAGUGAUUUCAUUACAGUUUCAAAGGUAUCUACUAGUUCAACCUUUGGUCAUUACAAGGAUGAAAGUGGUGUAUUUCCAAGGCAUAAAGUUCCGUGA